GAGCGGCAGUCGCAUCAUCUCAUUGCCAUCACCAUCAAUACCCAUCCCUGAUGCCUCCCAAGCGCUACUUCGAGCAGUCGCAAGACGGAGCAGCGGCAAGCUCAAAGCCUGAAGCGGUAGACGCUGCCAAGGCUGGACCAUCAAAGGCAGCAGCAGCAGCAGCAGACUCUGCACGCAAGUCGACUCUCUUCGUCUCUCGCCUCCCCUUCUCAGCCACAACCACCGACCUCCAAACCCUCUUCUCUGAUGUAGGCCCUCUGAGACGGGCCUUUGUUGUCACCGAUCCAAACACAAAGACUUCAAAGGGCGUCGGCUAUGUCACUUUUGCCGUACCAGAGGACGCAGAGCGUGCCCUCACCGAGCUGCAGGGCAGGAAGCUUGAUGGGAAACGCGCAAUCGCCAUCUCAUGGGCAGACGCAAAGCCGGCCAAGGGAGAGACGUACUCUGCAGAAGACAUUGCUGCGCGCAAGAGGCAGAGAGUAGCAGCGCCAGCUUCCGGGCCACCCGCUGCUGCCCGAACGCACGAUCCGACAGCCAAGGACCCGGACGCGAUACGGACUGUCAUCCUCUCAGGCCUUGCAACUUGCAAGCCAGCCGCAGACUCAAAGACACUCUACAAGCGUGCGCGCAAGAUCGGAGACGUGGAGAAUGUCUUGUACCCUUUUGCCAAUGACAGCGACGUAGCUCACGUCGUCUUUCGCACCCCCAACCAUGCGGCAGAAGCAGUCACGAAGCUGCACGCUCACACCUUCAAGGGGGCGCAACUUUCUGCCGUUCUCAAGAAGAGGGCGGAUGGGGCUGCAAAGCUCAAUGCGAGGAUGAGGCCGGAGACAAAGGAGAGGAUGGAGAAGAUGCGUCUGGAGGUCGCAGCUAACUCCAAGGGGCAGACAGCAGCGCCACUGCCUCAGUUGGACUCGAUUCCUGUUGCUGGGGUCAAGCAUGACAGCAGGCUUAUCAUCCGCAACCUCCCCUUCGACGUCGAUGCUGCGGAUCUGCGGGCGGUCUUCCUGCCAUUCGGGCCUGUGUACAAGAUCGACGUACCGCAGAAGGUGGCCGCCUCGAGCGACAAGGAGGCAAAGACAGCCCCGCCAGCGCCGAUUGAGGUCAAGGAUGAGGAGGCGUCCGACCAAGAGGAGACGAGCGACGACGACGAGGAAGACAGUGAUGACGAUGAGGAGGAUGAGGAGAAUGAGGAAGAAGACGUUGAGAGUAACGAGGAAGAGGGCGCGGACGCCCCUACGACUGAGAUCAAAGAGGAGGAAGACGAUGCUGUCAAGCUUCCACCAGCCUCAGCAACCGCGUCCACGCCUGCGCCCAUUUCGCGCAACAAGGGCCGAGGUUUUGCCUUCGUCUGGAUGGUAUCCCGCGCCGACGCAGCUCGUGCUCUCGAAGGCGUCAAUGGCCGAGCGAUCCGCCACGGUGAGGCCGAGAAGGUUGCAGCCAAGAUUGCCAAGGGCUCACGAGGCCGCCAAACAGCGCGAGCGAAGCUCAAGGCCGUCAGAGACAGCGCGCAGCCUGAGCGUGUCGUCGCAGUUGAUUGGGCAUUGGGAAAGUCAGAGUGGCAGAAAAAGGAGGAGGAAGCGCAGGAUGAUGAUGCUGAGGAGGAGGGCGACGAUGACGACGAGGCCGGCAGCGAUGAAGAUGACAGCGAUGAUGACGCCGCCUCAGCGUCAGGCUCAGAAACGGCCAAACCAGCUCUCCCUACUCCUUCGGAAGGUACAACUCUCUUCGUUCGCAACCUUCCCUUCGAGGCUACCGAGCCAGAGCUUCUCGGCCUCUUCAAGCAGUUCGGUCCAGUUCGGUACGCCCGUAUCACCAUGGAUCGCAGCACGGAUCCUCCUCGUAGCAAGGGGACGGGCUUCGUCUGCUUCUGGAACAGGGACGACGCGGUUGAGGCCCUGCGACGCGCUCGGGAGGUAGAGGAGGAGGCGGGUACCAACCGCACUACGACCGGAGGAGCGCCUACUGGUGCCAACGCGACAGCGGUGCAGAACCCCUUCAGCAUGACCACUUCCGUCCUCACUGCGGACCCAUCUGCACCCCUCACCGCCUCCUUCAACCUGCGCGGGCGGAUCCUCAACGUCAUCCCCGCUGUGGAACGCGAAAAGGCCGACAUGCUUACUGCUGCGGGAGCGAAGGCUCGCCAGAAGCAGGACAAGCGCAACACCUACCUGAUGCGUGAGGGUGUGCCCCUGCCCAAUACGGACUUGGCCUCUCAGCUCUCAUCGAACGACAAGGAGAUCGAGCGUCGCCUCGCCUCUUUCACGCAGCGCAAGUCACAGUUGGCAGUCAACCCGUCCCUCUUCAUCUCCAAGACCCGCCUUUCAGUCCGCCAGCUCCCGCUCUUCUGCACCGACCGGAUGCUCAAACGACUCGCAAUCCACGCAAUCAAGACCUUCAAGGCCGAAGCUACCGCGGGCUCUCGACCCGACCUGGACGCAGACGAGCUGGCAGACCGUACCUUCUCGCCUGCUUCGAAGCCGCCCAAGAAGGGGGAGCGUUCCACGAGUGUGGUGCAGAGCAAGAUUGUCAAGGCUCUUGACAGGCCUGACCCUAUCACUGGUGCGCCAGGGGGCAGGUCGAAGGGCUUCGGCUUCCUCGAAAUGCGUUCCUUCCAUGAAGCGCUGAGGGUUCUGCGCUGGGCGAACGCGAACAAGGACGUGCAGAAGUUGAUGGCCGAGUGGCAUGUUGAGGAGCUCGAGGACCUCAAAAAGAAGAUGGAAACCGAGCUGGCCGCUAGUCCCGGUAAUGCGGAUCUAUCCACUCGCCUGAAGCGCGUAUCUGGCCGCCUGGACGACUUCAAGCGUGGGGGUGCAAGUGCGGUGGACAAGGCUGAGCGCGGUGGCUUGCUCUUUGUCGAAUUCGCCAUCGAAAAUGCGACGGUUGUCAAGCAGAGGAGGGAUAGGGCUGAGCAGAACAGGAGGAAUGCGGAGAGGAGGAAGGCCAGAGAUGCGGGCGAGGAGGUUAGUGAGGAUGAGGAGGUGGAGGAGGGAGAGGAAGAGGAGGAGGAAGACAUCGACGACCGUGGGAGGGCACCGCGUCGUGCCAACUGGAAUCAGUCGACGAAGAAGAAGGGAGGGAGCGACGACAUGCAGCUUCGAAGAGCGAGAGAGCAGGCAUCGAAUAAGGUGUCGAGGGCCAAGAAUGAGCCUCAGAAGAUGGGGCAAGCCGUCGGUGGAGUCAUUGGGAGGAAGAGGGCUGAGAGGAAGAAGGGAAGGAAGUGAGGCGUGCACAGAGACAACGAUGGUGUCACAAUGAACACGAGUAGCCAUGUGACUGCUC